GCAUGGCAAUAAUGGCAUUGGUGAUGGCUGAUUCAGUGUAUAUGCUUCUGAAAUUCGAACAAGCUUCAAGGCCUUGGUUAACUUAUGAUUGAAAAUGUUUGACUCGUCAGACUCUGAAGAAGAUACAAAUGUGGUUCCAGCACAGACAUUAAAGAUUGACUGGCUAGAUAUGUCAUUCAUGGGUUGCCCAGAAAGUGUAGCUCUCAGCGGUCUGCCAGGUUGCCGCUUCAGAAAUAUCUUCCAGAACCUUAGCUCAGAUCUUGAUAGUAUUGAAGAAAGGGGAAUAACAGAUGUCAUAAUGUUAGUCACAAGGGGUGAGCUCAGGAAGUACCGUGUUCCUGACCUGAUCAAUGAAUAUGAAGUCAGAGGAAUACGUGUCUACCAUUACCCAUUCCUUGAUGGAACUGCCCCAUCCAUUGACACUGUUAUGACUAUUAUUGACUGCAUCAGGCAAAUCCUCGAAGAGAAACGGAAGAUUUUAGUACACUGCAUGGGAGGCUUAGGCAGAGCUUGUGUGAUAGCAUCUUGCCUCCUACAAUACUUUGAUAAUUCUGUGACACCAGACCAGACAAUAUUUUUACUCAGGGACCUAAGGGGAGCUUGUGCAGUGCAAACCGUUAAGCAAUAUAAUUUCAUUCAAGAUUUCCGAAGUCUGUGUGAGAGGUGGAUGGAUGAGGACAUCGAUAGGUCUGUGUCUCGCUGACAGUUUGGAAGCAAAGGCAUAGCAACAGGAGAUUUACGUUCAUAGAGGAAAAGAGCUAGAAAAGUGAUGAUGCACACCAAGCAGGGCAAAGGAACUGUGCAAAAUAACAAUGGCAGUAUCAAGAAGAACAGUAAAGGCAGCAUCCCUGCGAGUAAUAGUUGAUGAAAAUGUUGACUUCAUUGACAUUUUGAUGGAACAGCACGGCAGUCUGCUUUCAGAGGAACCAACCAUUAUGGAUUGUGAAUUUCAGAAUGUAUUAUAUCAAGAAAAGUUAUACUAUAAUAAUCUUCACUUUUAUCCGCUCAUUUGUUGAAUGAUAUUCACUUUUGAUAAAUUUCAAUUGUAUUUUACUUUUAAAUACUUUGAAUUCAACUGGGGAAGAUCGGUUAAUUGACGUUUUUUAUGUUCAUUCUUAGGGCUUUCAACAAAAGAUGCAAUGAACUUAGUUCACUGCAGUGCACAUCCCACUGCAUUUAAACUGUCACAUAUAUAACUUAAGAUAUAUGUACAGCAGGAUAUAGCACAACUGUGGCAGCUUACUAUUGGUGUUAUUGAGCAGAUGAGUGUAGAAACUUUUAAAUAUUGCAUUGUGUUAUGAUUAUAUCAUAUGGUUAUGAUAUUCAGUAGUAAAUUCACUUUAUUUAUAACAGUCCGGAUAUGCAGAAAAUUAGUUAUCAGUCCUCACAUGUGUAUUUGUGGUAUUUUCAGAAUUUUUCAAAUUAAAAGGGCGUAUUUUUGUUAAUCUAGUCGAAGUACAAUUUAUAUAUAUUUUUUUUUUACUCCAUUAUUAUUGUCGUGAUUGACAUGAAAGAUAUUUAACUUUUUUUAUUCUUUCAAACUUGUAAAAGUUUCAGGUUAUUGUUAGAUAUCUAACAGAGUUAUAUGAUAUAAUGAUUUCAUGUUCCUAUUUUAAUGGAUUUUGGUGCUUUAUUUUCAGAAUCAGUAGUAAAUUAUGCAAAGAUAAAAGAAAGACUUCCUCAUGAUUAAGUGUUCAUGCUUUAUUUUCACAACAUUGUAUUUGCCAGUAUUGGAAUUUUAAUGAGAAUGAUAAAAAAUUAUUUGUAUUGGAAAUAUGAAAGCAAAUGUAUGAAGUGUAUAAAUUACGAUGAUUUAACGAGAAAAAAAUACCCAGUCACAUACAGUGACAGUCUGUUAUUUUUUUACAAGCAUUUUUUCUUUGAAGAAUUUUGGUUAAUCCUUAGUUAUGUAAAAACGAAGCAAAAUAAGCCUUCUGGAGUGGUCUGGAUAUUAUUUGGAAAAAUUUCAAAUGUAUUUUCUUGUAUAUUUUGGCUGGUCCAUGAAAUCUAACUAUAUUAGAAGGGAUUUCAUGAAUACCCCUCUUAUUGUUAUUUCAUGAUAGGUUCUUAUGAAUAAAGAAAUGCUAAAAAUGC